UAUGCGAAUCAUCGCAAGUUCUUGCCGUAUAGCAGCUUCAAUUUUCUUUUUUAAUUGUACAGGGGCUUAGAAAAAUAGAUUGGUUGGGGGGUUAGAAUGGGACUGUUAUAGACAUUCGCUAAACUCACAAUCUCCUCUUCGUUACCUAUUUCGCAACCUUCCUCGAACCGCCCGGACAACCAAGCCCAUACCUCUCCGAUGUCGACACCACGCACCUUCACCCAAACCGCACGCCUCAUCUCAAGGUCCAAACCCCGACCAAACCAUUUACACAUCCACCAAACCCGCCGCACAUUCCUAACCUCAACCCCGCAAACUCUAACCGCAGCCCGGCGUCUCCCCUACAACCACGAACGCCUCUACGACCUAAUCGCCGACAUCGACAGCUACAAGCGUUUCCUCCCCUACUGCAAGAUCUCACGCAUAACGCACUGGACCCCCCCAACCCCCUCACAAUCAACCCAUUUCCACAACCGCCGCUGGCCAACCCGCGCCGACUUAACCGCCGGCUGGGGCGGUUUCGAAGAAACCUACACCAGCCGGGUAUUCUGCGUCCCUUCCAGCGGCAUCGUAGAAGCCAUAAGCGGAAACGCAUAUUCCGAGAUCCCAGCAGCAGAACUACGCCAACAUAGCUUAACCGACCCCGGACCACUAUCCUCGUCACAGCCUAAUAACGGAGUAUUCGAGAGUCUGGUAACUCGAUGGACGGUACUACCAGCCACAGAAGCGACGCGCGCCGAUCGGUUCCAGCAUGAUUGGAGCGACGUCCGGCUUAGUAUCAAGUACCAGUUCGCGAACCCGUUAUAUAUGGCUGUGAGCGCCGCUGUGGCGGAUAAGGUUGCGCCUGUUAUGGUGGAGGCUUUUGUCGAGCAGGCGCGGCGUAUAUUAGGGGAGACAGGGAAGGAUGUAGAGAUAUUACGGUGAGGCUUGGAUGUUAAUGAGAUAGGAUAAAUAAUAAUGUACUAUAUGAUGGGUACGGGAUCCUAACUAGUCACUCCCCUCAUGGGUGGAUGCGGGUUGAUAUAGACGGGCAAGACAUUGAGUAGACUCGCUAGUUAGCAUGGACUCCAUGUCUGUGUGUAUUCAUGGGUUGUAAAAAGGAAACAUAAAAAACUAAGAUUAUAAGGUCACGAUAAGACUCAAUGUCAACGAAAAACA